GGACCUCUGGGUCCAAUAUGUCCUCAGUUCUCGUACGAAGCUUCAUUCAAUAUCGUUCAGUACAUGCCCGGUCCUACGGCUAACAUGCUGCCUAUCGCGAGUUAGCCGCUCUUGAUCAAAGUUAACACGUGAAUCCGGUGAAGUGUGACUCGAUCAUAUUGAAAAGAGUUGGACGAAUAAUAGAUUCGAAUACAGACACCAUGCAUGUUUUUAAACUGAUUGUUAUAGUAGUGGCGAUCUUCAUCGCUACCACCCUUGCCAAAGAUGAGUCCUCGAAAAACCGCGGUAAGAGACAACAGGUUGCAUUUUAUCCAAGGAGAGGAGCCAGACCGCCUCCUUAUGCGGUCCAAAUGGAACCAAUCGUUCAAUAUUCUCAAAGAGAUCCGCUCUAUAAUCCUUUGGCGAGCUCUAAGAGCGACGAUUUUUACGAAAAGGGUCCACUCAAUUAUUACCCGACCGAGCCGGAGCCAAUCAUCGAAAUUAUCAUCAAGGAAUCCAACGAAUCACUGCCGACACCGGUACCUCCACCUCCACCGCCAUCGCCAAGAUCCACGAAAGAGCCUAUACAAGUGUUCUAUGUGAAAUACGAGAAAAAGAAGGGCUACGGGGAUAAAUCUCGUGUCGUCUACGAUCCACCUGUACCCGCCCUGACACCUGUCGAGGAUCACGAAGAGAUCAAACCAGAUAACUCAGCGCCUUAUCCGGAAGAACCUGUUCACACAGUGACACCGACACCGUCAGAACCUUCUACCACUCUACGAGCUAUCAUUCGACCCGACAGCGAAGUAUAUCACUCCGGUUCUAGCGGUAUUCGCGUCACCUUUGGCACGGAACAAGUGCCUCCGAAUAAUCACAAUAAGCGUAGCGAUUUGGACGCUCCGCCCACCCAACAACAGGCCAAGCCAACUUCUACUCCUCCAGGAUCGCCUAAAAGACAACACGGUCCAUAUCAACCGAUUCAACCGAUUCAACCGAUCCAUCAACGAGUACCGCCAGCAUUUCCGCAACAGAGGAUCGCGAAUUCUUUUCCACAGCAACAGGCGCUCCACCAACCUCUUCCACAGCCACCACCUCUAAAUUUUUUGCAGCAACAGCAGCCAUCGUUUUCUCCUCCGCAAGCGAGAAGUCCGUUGCAAAGGCCUCAGCGUUUACCUAUAACGAUUCAAGGUUUGCCGGAAGUGCAACAACGAGCUCCAUUCAAUAAUUUUGGCACAUCGCAUCGCGUCAACAUUAAUCAUCCGCAACAACCAGGAUUCCCACCCACGCUAUCGGUUUCUCAUCAAAAUGUACAGUUACAGAAUCAACCUUUGCCACCGAAUCAAGGCAGUUCUUUCAACAUAGAGCAACAACCUCAACAACAAGUACCUUUGUCACCGUACAAACAGCAGGAAUUAGAGAAACAAAGGUAUCACGAGCAGCGUCGUCAACAGGAAUUGCUAAAGCAACGGGAGCAUCAAAGACAGCACGAGCAACAGAGGCUCCAGGAGCAUCAACGAUUUUUAGAGCAGCAAAGGCUUUUGGAUCAGCAAAGACAACAAGAGCAACAGCGACAGCAAGAUCAUCAGAGAUUGCAGGAACAACAAAGAAUACAAGAGCAACAGAGAAUACAAGAACAGCAGAGGAUCCAUGAACAACAGAGGAUACAAGAGCAACAGAGAUUACAGGAGCAGCAAAGAUUGCAUGAACAACGCAGAAGGAAACAAGAACAGGAGCAGAAAUUAUUGCAGGAACAACAAUAUCGCGCGCAAUUAAAAUUUAAUCAAGCACAACCGCCGAAUAUACCGCAAAUACCAAUUUCGCCUCAAAUUCAAAAACCUGGAGGAGAAAUUUUCAAAGCUGUUCCGAAACUCGAGCAACACUAUGCAAUUCGAGAAAAUCCAAUUCAUCCCGGCCCUUUCCCACCUAAUCCUGUAAUACAGCCAACCGGGUUCUCGGAAACUUCACAAAAUCAAUACGUUUCCGCUCAACCAUUGAGUUCAUCGGAUAUUUUAAGAAAUCCACCGAAUGAAUUUAUAACCGAUCAACAGCAACACUUGAAUACGAAACAACAAAUCAUUCAAAAUCAGCAACAAGGAUUUUUCUCUCAAAGUCUUCAACAACAACAACAACAGCAACAACAACAGCGAUUCUCUGCGUCUCCUCAACGAUCUUCGAUCUGGAGUCGACCAUCGUUCUCCGGAAAUAGCGCGAGUUCUUCUCAAAAAAUUUACGCGACCCCGGUCAGUCCUUUGGAGGAUUUCAACUCGAUUUCGACGAUCAGAUCUUACGUUUCGAGUACGACGACUACUACCACGACGACAACAACGACCACCACCGAGGCUCCAACCACAACUACAACUCUGUCUCCAAAGAAGGAGGCAAAAAUUAAAGAAAAUAUUGCCAAUUUACCAGAUGAGGUGCCGGAUGAUAUCAGAGAGCAGCUGCUCAGUUCCGGUAUUUUGGGUAACGCCGACAUACAAAUACUUGAUUACGACAAGGUCGGCGACAUACCGAUAGAGAAACUACCGCCAGAGGCCCUGGCGAAUUUCUACGGCGCCGGAGGCGGUUCCGCGGUAGCUGCCAGCGAACCGGUCCCGUCGAUCGUCAAGAAACCCAAAACGGCAGAGAGCGCGUCUUCCUCGACUUCCACUUCCUCAACGGUUUUGGCGAACAAGUCGACUGCUGGCAGCUCGACUAAGUUCGAGCAGGCCACCUUGCGGCCAGGUGGAGUGGAGAUGAAAGUAGUACGCUUCGAUCCGAAUACGGAGCAAGGCCAGGCUCUGGCAGAUCAGCACAUACGCGAUGAUGCCACCAGAUUGAAUCCCGUAACCGUGGGAGCGAGAGACGAAUCUCAAUAUAAUCGUUAUUUACCGCUCAAAGUGAGUGGUGCAUCCUUCCCUAUCCCAGACGUACCGCAACUUAAUGGUCGGAAGAUCUCUAGUGUGGUUGUAUUGGCACCUGUUGAUUAUAACUUUCAAGAAGAUAAGGAGAUCGAAUCGAGACAAGGUAGGAGGGUGAGCGAUGUCCAAGCGGUCAAGUUUCUCGCCGGUGACACUCUGAAGCAGCUGGUGAAAAAACCAACUGCGGAGAAUUACAAGAAGUGGUUGGAACAGGAGAGCCGUACGGAGCCGCAGAAACAGUCAGUGGUACUAUUGGUAACCACGCCAAAAGACGCGGAGCAAGGUGAGAAAGAGAUCUUCAUGUAUGAUGUUGUCUCGCAAACUGUGAGCAAACUUGCUGGAGAUCUGUCCACAGCGUUUGUAGAUGCUGCCGAAAGUAAUUCAGACAAUACCGAUUCUCUCACCGAUUCAACUUUUUCGUCAUAUUAAGUGAAUGAAUAAUACGACAGAUCAGAUCUACUUAAUAAAUAAGAAAAGAAAAAAGGUUUACCGUGCCAAGUCCGAAAAUAAAAAGUCCUGUCAUCUCGUAUAAUUUAAGAAAUUUAUAAAAGGUAAAGAACAUAAAAAUACAAAUAUCCUUGUAGAUACUUUAAAUGUAUUAUUAUGUAUAUAUUGAUUUUAUACUUUUUUAUAUGAAAUAAACGCAAUAUUUUUUUUACAUGAAAA